UCCAUCAAAUUGAGGGAAAGGUAAUAUUCUAAGUCCUCCUGGCCAGUGCCCACUCUUCCAACUUAUCAGCCAUGGCAGAAGAAAUUAGUUCUUCAAAAAAAAGAUAUGCAAUUGUGACAGGGGCAAAUAAAGGGAUUGGCUAUGGAAUUUGCAGGCAGUUAGCUUCUAAUGGAAUCACAGUGGUAUUGACUGCUAGAAAUUUGAAGAGGGGACUUGAAGCUAUUGAGAGUUUUAAAGGGCUUGAUUUCUUUGACAAUAUAGUUUUUCAUCAGCUUGAUGUGGUUGAUCCUUCAAGUAUUGCAUCUCUUGCUGAAUUCAUCAGAAUACAUUAUGGAAGACUUGAUAUUCUGGUGAAUAAUGCAGGGAUUGGUGGAGUUGAUGUAGAUGUUGAUGCUUUAAGAGCUUCUGGAUAUGGAUCUGGUGGACCUGAUGGAUUACAUAUAGAUUGGAAUGGCAUCUUGACUGAGACAUAUGACUUGGCAGUAGAAUGUCUGCAGACAAACUACUAUGGUGCAAAAAGAAUGAUUGAAGCAUUUCUUCCUCUCCUUUACUUAUCUGAUUCACCAAGGAUCGUAAAUGUUUCUUCGUCAAUGGGAAAGUUAAAGCACAUACCCAGUGAAUGGGCUAAAGGAGUACUAAAUGAUUCUGGAAACCUUACAGAGGAGAGAGUGGAUGAGGUGGUGAAUGAAUUUCUCAAGGAUUUUAAGGAGGGUUCACUUAAAGCAAAAGGUUGGCCUCCAUCUAUGUCAGCAUAUACAGUUUCAAAGGCAGCUAUGAAUGCAUAUACUAGGGUUCUUGCUAAAAAGCACCCAAAGUUUCGUAUAAAUUGUGUUUGUCCUGGUUUUGUAAAAACAGAUGUAAACUUCAAUACUGGUCAUUUAACUGUUGAAGAAGGUGCUGAAAGUCCAGUAAGACUAGCUCUGCUGCCUGAUGAUGGUUCUUCUGGUUUGUUCUUUGUUCGAAAUGAAGUUUCUUCUUUUGAAUAAAAGUAUUGAUGGAACACUUGAAAGAGGAUGAUGUAUUAUCUUACUAUACAACUUAUGGAAAAGUAUGUACUUUAGCUCAU